AUGGCUAAGCUUACACUACUAGCGUUCGCCUUAGGGCUCGCCGUCUGCUGCGCAGCCUCAGCUGAGCACCACCGAGUUCGUCGCGGCUACGGCGCUGGUAGCUCAAGUGGUGGUGGCAGCGGCCACGGUGGUGGUGGCGGCCACGGUGGUGGUGGCGGACACGGUGGUGGUGGCGGCCACGAUGGUGGUGGCGGCCUCGAUGAUGGUGGCGGCCAUGCUGAUUUUAAUGAUAAUGGCGGUUUCGGCGGCGACAGUGAAGGAGGCAAUGGUUUCGGCGGUGGUAGCGGCGGAGGAAACGGAGGCGGUGGUGGCAGUCACGGCGGUGGUAGCCACGGAGGCGGUCUAGGCGGAGAAAACGGAGGCGGUUCCGGCGGUGAUACUGGCGGCCAUGGAGACAUGAAGAAUUUAACCAUCUACGCACUUCUGCUAGUAUUGUACGUCGCCUGUGCGUACGCUGGACCGGGAUACUAUGAUUACCAGUCAGGUAAAGAUGACGGUAAGGGCAAAGGAGGCGGUCACGACGGAGGUAAAGGAGGCAAAGGAGGCAAAGGAGGUAAUGGAGGCAGCAAAGAAUCUAAAAGUGACAGCAGUAGUGAUGAAAGUGACAGUAAUAGUAGCGAAGGUGAUGGUGAUAACAAAAAGGGUGGUGAUGACAAAAAAGGAGGUGAUAAAGGAGAUUGGGGUGGUAAAGGAGGUUGGGGUGGUAAAGGAAAGUACUAG